AUAUUUUCUAAUCUAAUUGAUAACCUUGAAACUUUAUUUAACCAUUUUCUUCUGUAACAGCCUAACAAGUAAUCAGUUUACUGACUGUAUUGCUUGUUUCAAACAGUUGGUAUUAGUUGGCUUUAGUUGUGAGCAUCACACAUCUAUUUAAAUCUUCUCAUUUUCCAAAAGGUUUCUUAACUCACAAGUAUCAGAGUUCACGUGUUACUAUCAAACUUUUCUCCUCACCAAUUUCAUUUUCACCUUAAGUCUUACAAUCACCGCGGAAACGAUGAGUUCCUUGGGAGUAGAACAAGGUGUUGUGAUUGCAGAUUCCGAGCCACCGAGGGGGAAUAGAAGCCGAUAUGCUUUUGCUUGUGCAAUUUUAGCCUCCAUGACUUCUAUCAUCCUUGGUUACGAUAUUGGAGUAAUGAGUGGAGCUGCGAUUUUCAUAAAAGACGAUUUGAAACUGUCGGAUGUACAACUUGAGAUUCUUAUGGGAAUUUUAAACAUCUACUCUCUGAUUGGUUCCGGUGCGGCCGGUAGAACUUCUGAUUGGAUUGGAAGACGGUUCACCAUAGUGUUGGCAGGAGCCUUCUUCUUUUGCGGUGCCCUUCUCAUGGGUUUUGCCACAAACUACCCUUUCAUUAUGGUUGGCCGUUUUGUAGCCGGUAUCGGUGUCGGUUAUGCUAUGAUGAUUGCGCCUGUUUACACCGCAGAAGUCGCUCCUGCCUCUUCUCGCGGCUUCCUCAGCUCUUUCCCUGAGAUAUUUAUCAAUAUUGGUAUACUUUUGGGAUACGUAUCAAAUUACUUUUUCUCCAAGCUUCCCGAGCACCUUGGAUGGAGGUUCAUGUUAGGGGUUGGAGCGGUUCCCUCGGUGUUCCUAGCCAUCGGAGUGUUGGCAAUGCCGGAGUCCCCAAGAUGGCUCGUCCUCCAAGGUCGUCUCGGUGAUGCUUUUAAAGUCCUUGACAAAACCUCAAACACUAAAGAAGAAGCCAUCACGAGGCUCGAUGACAUCAAACGCGCGGCUGGAAUCCCCGAUGAUAUGACAGACGAUGUUAUAGUCGUGCCGAACAAGAAGAGCGCUGGAAAAGGCGUGUGGAAGGACCUUCUCGUCCGACCAACCCCGUCCGUUCGACACAUUCUCAUAGCAUGCCUUGGCAUCCAUUUCGCCCAACAAGCCUCCGGAAUUGAUGCGGUUGUGCUUUACUCUCCGACCAUCUUCUCAAGGGCUGGACUGAAGUCCAAGAAUGAUCAGCUCUUGGCAACGGUCGCUGUCGGAGUUGUCAAGACUCUCUUCAUCGUGGUAGGAACUUGUGUGGUGGACCGGUUUGGACGUCGUGCCUUGUUGCUUACGAGUAUGGGUGGAAUGUUUCUUUCCUUGACCGCUCUCGGAACUAGUCUUACCGUGAUCGACAGGAACCCGGGCCAAACGAUCAAGUGGGCCAUAGGGCUAGCCGUUACGACAGUGAUGACGUUUGUGGCAACUUUCUCAAUAGGUGCAGGCCCGGUGACGUGGGUUUACUGCUCAGAGAUAUUCCCUGUGAGGCUAAGAGCUCAAGGGGCAAGUUUAGGAGUGAUGUUGAAUAGACUAAUGAGUGGUAUUAUAGGAAUGACAUUCCUAUCUCUCUCUAAAGGUCUCACCAUUGGUGGUGCGUUCCUUCUCUUCGCCGGAGUUGCAGCUGCCGCAUGGGUCUUCUUCUUCACUUUCCUCCCGGAGACACGUGGUAUGCCUCUAGAGGAGAUGGAGAGUCUCUUCGGGAGCUACACCGCAAACAAAAAGAAGAAUUCUGUGAGCAAAGACAAUGAAAUUGUGGAUGAACAAUGAGAAUGUAAGACAUUUGUUCACAUUUCAAUUUUAAGUUUAGUGUUUUAUAUUAGUUGAUUCUAUGUUAUGGUUUCCGUGAUGUAAAUUAUUGUUACCGUUAUUUUCAUUAACUAAUUCUACUAAAUUAUUGUUUCUGUUAUGAAUCUUAAUUUUAAUACAGUAUCGAACUCAAUAAUGAAAUUGAUUUUAAGAGUAUCAAUUUCAAUAAACAUAAAUAUAAAAUUUAGGAGUAUUCAUCAACUCACCAACGAUAAAACUCAUUUGAAGAGUAUCAAUUUCAAUUUCAAUAAAUAUAAAAUUUUAGAGUAUCCAACGCAAACAAACAU